CUGCAACCGCAUCAUCAUCAGCAAAACGAAAAGCAGCAGACGUCAACGCUCGUGUAAAAAAAAAGGCAGAAGAAAAGAACCGCAAGCUGCUGGUGAAAAUCCGAGAAAAAAGUGUCCUUUUCCGGCGAUUUAAUCCGGUUUGCAAGUGUAGUGCCCUACCCAGUGGUCAUAGGGAGCGAAGAGAAGCGAAAUGGAGCCCUACGAUGUGAUAAUAAACCAACCAGUGGUGAUCGACAAUGGUUCCGGUAUGAUCAAAGCUGGAUUCGCCGGAGAUCACAUUCCAAAGUGUCGGUUUCCGAAUUACAUUGGCAGACCGAAGCAUGUGCGGGUCAUGGCCGGUGCCCUCGAGGGGGAUCUCUUCGUAGGACCCAAGGCCGAGGACUACCGCGGUCUGCUGAGCAUCCGUUACCCGAUGGAGCACGGUAUCGUCACCGAUUGGAACGAUAUGGAGAAAAUUUGGACGUACAUCUACAGCAAAGAUGAGCUAUCCACAUUUGCCGAGGAGCAUCCGGUGCUGCUAACGGAGGCUCCCCUUAAUCCGAGGAAAAACCGCGAAAAGGCUGCAGAGAUCUUCUUUGAAACGCUGGGAGUGCCAGCGUUGUUCGUCUCGAUGCAGGCCGUACUCAGUCUGUAUGCAACGGGUCGCGUGACCGGAGUCGUGCUGGAUGCCGGCGAUGGAGUGACCCAUGCCGUUCCCAUCUACGAAGGUUUCGCCAUGCCACACAGCAUUAUGCGCGUGGACAUUGCCGGACGGGACGUUACCCGGUACCUCCGGACGCUCAUCCGCAAGGAGGGUUUCAACUUCCGCACAACGGCCGAGUUCGAGAUCUUACGAUCGAUCAAGGAAAAGGUCUGCUAUCUGCCAACAGUGCCGCAGAAGGAGGAAACCGUUGACGCAGAGAAAGUGAAGUACACCCUUCCGGACGGAAAUAUUCUGGAGAUUGGUCCGGCGCGGUAUCGAGCCCCGGAGGUACUGUUCCGGCCGCACAUGCUCGGCGAGGAGUGCGAAGGUAUUCACGAAGUGCUGAUGUACUCGAUCCAAAAGUCGGACAUGGACUUGCGUAAGAUGCUGUACCAGAACAUUGUCCUGUCCGGAGGAUCGACACUGUUCAAGGGAUUCGGCGAUCGGUUACUGUCGGAGAUUAGGAAACACGUGGCCAAGGAUAUGAAGAUCAGGAUCGCGGCCCCUCAGGAACGAAUCUACUCCACCUGGAUGGGUGGCUCAAUUCUGGCAUCGCUUGACACGUUCAAGAAGAUGUGGGUUUCCAAGCAAGAGUACGAAGACGACGGGCAGCGAGCAAUUCACCGAAAGACAUUCUAAGCUGCUGGUGUGACCGAACACUAAUUGUAGCGAUACAGCUUUCAUACACGAACACACACAUACAAACUCACACCUACACAUACGCAUACAACACGUACUAGGCUCACCAUCGUCAGCCACACAAACAACGCUCAGGCCGUGCUUCGAUGAUCUGAACACUGUUCAGGAAGUCGUAUUGGCACACUCACUGCGAGGUAAGUCUAUGCUUCUUUACUUUCUGGCAAAGUUGUUCUGUGAGAGCUGUGUUGUGAAUGGAGAAGAAAUCCAGGUAUGCGGAACUAAUGCGAAGUGUUCAAUCAAUGAAAGCAAAUUCAUUCUUCAACGUUCGACUUCGAAUAAGUUACGAAUUAUACAAUCGCUAUGUGAGAUUUGUUCAGACAGUUUAGCUUAGACAGUGGGAACGCUUUGAGGGAAGGCUUUCCGAUGCGUUAGGGACCCGAAUCUAAUUAUAAUCUAUUUAGGAUUACAAUGUGAUUGGCACUACGUGUGGGCAGUACUAUUUAUUGUUAUCAGCUGUUUUGGUUCAUUUGGGAACACGGCAGCUAGGAUAUAUUUUGAAAAUAUGAUUUCUAGUUCAACAUAAUAUUUUCUAACAUUUUUAUUUCCGCUUAGGUGGUGAACUGAAUUAGCAAAUAAUUCAUUCUACAAUAUUUGAUUAAAACGUUGCACAACAAUUGAUACACAUUAUUUUCUUAAUCGACGUUCUUUCUCUGCAUAUAAUGAAACUAGUUUAGUAAUCCAUUCCAGAAACGUUGUCUUCUCUGUGUCUGUGUUCCAACAUUUUAGUUCCCUAAAUCAAAAUUAUCUUCGAGUUUUUAUUACCCAGCUUCUUAAAUGCAGCUGUAGUUUGCUACCCAAAAAUCAUGUUUUAGACUCUUAACUUGUUUCUUCAAAUUUGUAUCGCUUCUUUGUCUAAGACUAUCUAGUUAUAAUUUGAUUAUUUAUAUGCUUAACAACAAAAAAGCAAGAACGCGAAAAACUAUGAAGUUAAUUUAAUCCAUGUGGAGUAAUAGAUAUUAUGUAAAGAAAUUGAGUUGCGAUUAGUGCGAACGAUUUGAAAUAGGGUACCAAUCAAGUAACUGGCGGAGAUACAUGAUUAGUGACUAGAGGAGGAAUUAUCUGCUGUGGGCGUGAGAGAAAUAUAUAUCAAAAAAGUGAAACUAACCGAAAA